UUCCUCCCGCUCUCUGGUCGACGUGAGGCCGUCUGGAAGUUGACGUCGUCGAGAAGAGAAAGGGUAAAACAGAGCGGAGCAGAAACAGCAACUACCCACUGAAAAAACCUGGAGGUGUAUGAGAUGUCUAACGGUUAUGAAGACCACAUGGGAGGGGAUGAGGCGAAGGAUGCCAAGACUAACCUGAUAGUGAACUACCUGCCUCAAAGCAUGUCGCAGGAUGAGCUGAGAAGUCUCUUCAACAGCAUCGGAGAAGUUGAGUCUGCCAAGCUGGUUCGAGAUAAAGUUGCAGGCCACAGUUUAGGGUACGGAUUUGUUAACUAUCUUAACCCUAGUGAUGCAGAAAGAGCUAUCAGUACUCUCAAUGGACUAAGGCUACAGUCCAAAACUAUCAAGGUUUCUUAUGCCCGACCCAGCUCAGACAUAAUAAAGGAUGCCAACCUGUAUAUCAGCGGCCUGCCCAAGUCCCUGUCACAGAAGGAUGUGGAAGAUAUGUUUUCACGUUACGGUCGUAUAAUUAAUUCUCGAGUACUCGCUGACCAGUCUACAGGUAUGACAGGUGUGUCCCGCGGCGUGGCUUUUAUCCGGUUUGACAAGCGAUCGGAGGCGGAGGAAGCUGUCAAAAACCUGAAUGGUCAAAAACCACCAGGGGCCACUGAACCCAUGACGGUGAAAUUUGCUGCCAACCCAAAUCAGCUCAAGAACACACAGUUCAUUUCUCAGCUGUACCAUAACCAGUCCCGGCGCUUUGGAGGGCCCUUACACCACCAGGCACAACGAUUUCGGUUUUCCCCAAUGGGUGUUGAUCACAUGGGGGGCAUGGGAGGUGUGAACGUUCCCGGGAACUCCUCCGGCUGGUGCAUCUUCGUCUACAAUCUGGGUCAGGAUGCAGACGAGGGCAUCCUGUGGCAGAUGUUUGGUCCUUUCGGCGCGGUCACCAACGUCAAGGUUAUCAGAGAUUUCAACACCAACAAGUGCAAAGGCUUCGGCUUCGUUACAAUGACAAACUACGAGGAGGCGGCCAUGGCUAUCGCCAGCCUGAACGGGUACCGGCUCGGAGAUAAAGUACUGCAAGUGUCCUUUAAGACCAGCAAGGGCCACAAGUAAAACAAGUUGGACAGCUGGGUUUAGGGAAGGGCAGAAAUUGAUCCGUGUCAGGCUUCCGUUGUAAAAAGGUGAACCAGAAACGAAGUCGGGCACAUUUUUGGUUUUAUCAUAUUCAGAGAAAAACAGGAAGUUCAAUCUUCUGCACUUUUUGUACUUGUUUAAAAUUGUUUUUGUUCUCCUCCACAUUAUUAUUUUUUCUUUCUUUUUAAUGACUGAAUAUAGAGUAUAGAGCUUAACCCAUACCUAUUCUUUGUAAAAUGUUGUCUAAAGCUAAAAUACAAUCUACACGUUUGCAUGUUUCAUUAUGCUCAAGUCUAAAAGUUUUAGUGUAAAGCUGGAAAAUGUCAGCCUGACUUGGAUCUUAUCACCUGUAGAAGUAGAUGCCUUAAAUAAUCCCAAAUUGAACACAGGUCCUACAGUAACAUCUGGUGUUUGUAAAAAAAA